CCAGCAGAGCCUUACAACCAUGUAUAAGACAACUAAUGCCUCAACUAAAGCAAUAGAGGAGAAAGACGCUCGUAUUUUAGCAGAACUGAGCCGAAAAUACAACACAGCUCAACUUAUCGAAUUUUUGCAGAAGCAAAAGGAUUAUGACACAAUUGUUAGGAAAUUAGUACCUGCGACAAGGAAUUUGGAACUCUCCCCUGUACUCAAAGAAAUGAACGAAUGGCAAGUUCCUUACACGAAUUAUUUUGAAAUCUUUGUUUACAAGGCCUGGUCAAUAUCUCAUUAUGAAGCUUGGGUGUUUAAAUAUGCGAACAAAAGAUCGGCAAAUGUCAUAUUUUAUAAGUCGUUAAAUCUUAUAAGUAGAAACCAACAAAUUUCACAAGAACUCCGCUCUUGCGCCCUUAUUGCCUACGUACCAAGAAGGGGUAUCCCGCAAGUAGCUGAACUUGGAUGCGUGACUACCGCUUACGCACCGGGAAUCACAAUAGGGGUGUGGUCCUCUGCAUCUGGCCAUCCAGUAUGUGAUACAUGGACAGAUGUGAAUAAGUCAGCAGGAGAAAAACGGAAAAGUACAGACACCACAGAUAUCACAAUCACGAAAGUCACGAAGAAAACGAAGGAAGUAUCCACCUCCACAACUAUUCCAAAUCUUAUUUCAACCGAAAAAUCUAAAGAUCAUAAAUCUACUGAUUUAACCAAUUUAAAAGAAGCACUGAUAACAUUUUUUAAAUCACGAUCAAGCUCCUCAUUAUCAUCUAUGAGUGAGGCAGUGUUGCAAGCAGUUAGUGAACUAUUAUUACCAGAUAACCGAAUUCCAGAAUUGUGUUUAAUAAUUGAUAGCAAUAAGCAAAAGGGAGACGGUAGAUUUGGAUUUGUGGAUCUUAUUUUUGGAGACAUAAAUUACUCAAUAAUCGAAUUAAAGUACAUCAAUCUUCUAGGUUUAAUAAAGGCGAUGAAUAACAAUUGGCAUAUAUCACCAAGUACAAGUGAUUUAGUUACUCUUGAUAAAUAUAUUGAGAAUGAGGAUGAAGGUACACUUCUAGAAAGAAAAUUUAUGUUUUGGUCAAAAAGUGAUAACGAACCAAAAUGCACAACAUUAAAUGAAAUUUUAUUAUCUGCAGAAGAACAAGUUACAAAAUAUAUGAACGUAAUUUCACAUGGACAAGUAAAAAAAGGUAAAUCAGGUAUUAUUGAUUCUCGAAUUCUCAUAAAACAACCAUCUAAUUAUUGUGGUGUUUUAGACAGCCAUGUUAUCAUGAUGAUAGGAUUCCGACGUCUUAUUUGUAGAUUUGUUGGAUCUCAAAAUACUUUUUAUAGUUUCAUGAAAAAAGAUGAUGGAU